AGAGAAGGUAGAUGGUGGGUGCAGGAGCUGCGGGGGAGGGAAGGUGGAUGGUGGGUGCAGGAGCUGCGGGGGAGAGAAGGUGGAUGGUGGGUGCAGGAGUUGCGGGGGAGGGAGGGUGGAUGGUGGGUGCAGGGGCUGCGGGGGAGAGAAGGUGGAUGGUGGGUGCAGGAGCUGCGGGGGAGAGAAGGUGGAUGGUGGGUGCAGGAGCUGCGGGGGAGAGAAGGUGGAUGGUGGGUGCAGGAGUUGCGGGGGAGGGAAGGUGGAUGGUGGGUGCAGGACCUGCGGGGGAGGGAAAGUUCAUGGUGGGGUGCACGAGCUGCGGGGGAGAGAAGGUUCAUGGUGGGGUGCAGGAGCUGCGGGGGAGAGAAGGUGGAUGGUGGGGUGCAGGAGCUGUGGGGGAGAGAAGGUUCAUGGUGGGGUGCAGGAGCUGCGGGGGAGAGAAGGUGGAUGGUGGGUGCAGGAGCUGCGGGGGAGGGAAGGUGGAUGGUGGGUGCAGGAGCUGCGGGGGAGGGAAGGUGGAUGGUGGGUGCAGGAGCUGUGGGGGAGGGAAGGUGGAUGUUGGGGUGCAGGAGUUGUGGGGGAGAGAAGGUAGAUGGUGGGGUGUAGGAGCUGCGGGGGAGAAGGUUCAUGGUGGGGUGCAGGAGCUGCGGGGGAGGGAAGGUGGAUGGUGGGGUGCAGGAGCUGUGGGGGAGGGAAGGUGGAUGGUGGGUGCAGGAGCUGCGGAGGAGAGAAGGUGGAUGGUGGGUGCAAGAGCUGCGGGGGAGAGAAGGUGGUUGGUGGGGUGCAGGAGCUGCGGGGGAGGGAAGGUGGAUGGUGGGUGCAGGAGCUGCGGGGGAGAGAAGGUGGAUGGUGGGUGCAGGAGCUGCGGGGGAGAGGUGGAUGGUGGGAUGCAGGAGCUGCGGGGGAGGGAAUGGGAGUUAGCAUUUAAUGGGGACAGAGUUUCUGUUUGGGAACAUGGACAAGCUCUGGAGCUGGAAGGCGGUGAUGGCUGCACAACAGUGUGAAUGAGCUUAAUGUCACUGAAGUGUGCACUUAAAAUGGGUUGAGACAGUCAAGUUUAUGUUAUUUUACCAUCAUAAAAAUGUUUUACUAAAAAGGCAACCAUGGCCAGGUGCUGUGGCUCUUGCCUGUAAUCCCAG